UCUCUGAGUGCUGUAUGGUUCACGGCUCGAAUUACAGCCGACGGGUUUUUCUUCUCCUCCCGCAGUUUUCCUGCUGCUUUCCCAGCCGCGAUGUGUGCGGAUCGCACGGCUCCAUAGCUCAGCCCGUCGUUAAGGCUCAUAUUUUGCGGGAGUUUGUGGACCGAGACCGAGCUGCCGUUGUUUUCCUCCAGCACAUCUUCCUGUGAAGAGGCGAUGGACUUGCACAUUCUAGACCACAGACUGAGGGUGACGAGUAUCAGCAAAAGUGGGCUGCAAAAUUACACCCAUCCACUAAUAAAACUGAUAUUUCUCAGGGACAGGACGAGAUGUAAAUUCUUCAGUCUGACAGAGACUCCAGAAAAUUACACAGUUGUUCUUGAUGAAGAAGGAUUUAAAGAGCUGCAGCCAUCUGAACACCUGCAGGUAGAAUGCUCCACCUGGCUGCCCCUCAACGUCAUCUCCAAUGGAAACACCUCCAGCAGCUCCCAGGCCGUGGGUGUGACCAAAAUCGCCAAGUCUGUCAUCGCCCCAUUGGCUGAGCAGCAUGUGUCCGUCUUCAUGCUCUCCACCUAUCAAACGGACUUCAUCCUGGUGCGAGAGAAGGACCUGUCGGUGGUGAUCCACACGCUGGCAGAAGAGUUUAAUAUUUUCCAGGAGGUGGACGGGGAAUCUGUGCCUGUACACAGUCAGGACACAUGCAACGGCCUCCAGAGGAACGGCAAAGAGGCUCCUCACUGCACAGUGCACCCAGUGAUGAUCCCCAAGAAUCAGUUCUGUGUGAUGAGUUUGGAUCCUGACACGCUGCCGGGCAUCGCCACCACGCUCAUAGACGUCCUCUUCUACUCCAACAGUCCUAAGGAAGAUGCUGCUGUGGCUGACGAUCUGGAGUGCAUCAAGUUCUUCUCUUUCUCCCUGAUUGAUGGCUACGUCUCCUUGGUGAUGGAUACAGAAGCUCAGAGGCAAUUCCCUGCAGAUUUGCUCUUCACUAGCUCAUCCGGUGAGCUCUGGAGGAUGGUUCGAAUCGGGGGCCAGCCGCUGGGCUUCGACGAAUGUGGGAUUGUAGCUCAGAUCUCUCAGCCACUAGCAGACAGUGACAUCUCGGCCUAUUACAUCAGCACAUUCAGCUUUGAUCAUGCCCUGGUCCCAGAAGAGGACAUAGUGAGCGUUACAGACAUGCUUCAAGAUCAGAGAAAAGACGUCAGAUGCUGAACUGCCCAUGGGACGACAGAGUGGGACAUGUGAUGGGUCCAGACAAAUAACACUACAACCAGAAGAGUAUUAAUCACCGUCUGUGUUGCCAUUUCCACCAAAAGUGCUUCCACAAUAAUGUGUCUAGGCUUGGACUGGCUCAAGGUCACGUCCUAUCAGACAGCUUUGAGUGCAGUUUCCAUCCUGAAACUUUGGCGCUCUUAUUGCACUUCAAAUUGGCGCUUUGCUGUUUUGAUCAAUAGGACUGUAAUACGUCUCUUGGAAUGACAGCAAGUGUUGCAGGUUCUCGAAUGAGUGGGAGGUGCUAUUGGCUUUCAGGCCUUACUUUUUUUUUUUUAGUGAGUAAGUGACGUUAGUAUGCAAAUAACGGUUCAUCUUCAGAUCUUUUGAUGUGGAACUUGAGGCGCCCUGACAUUUUGCAUUAGCAUGUCCAGUUUUUUUCCAGGCGUUUUUUGGUAGCGCAGAAAACACUAUCGGUGUUGUAUUCAUAUUCCAGUAUUGUUGUAAUAAGAGAUUUUUGUAUGCCAAACUUAUUUAGGGUUGAACAUUUAAUUUGAGAUGUAGCAUUAAAUUGACUCCCUGAAGAAAAGCUUUAUUUGGAUAGUCAUCCAUAGAAGACCAGUUACUGAAACCCUAUUUUGGCCCAAAAAUGGGUAUUUCUUUUGAUAAACAUGUCAAAUGCCUUGGUGAACGCUUCAGUUUUACCAUGUGUGACAAUCUUGUUUUCACAAUUUUUACUAGUAUCUGUGAGUAUAGUUCAUUGACAGCAUAAUGAUUUGAGGGAGUAUGUGAUAAAUAAGGUCCUCAGUUAGUGCUCAUUUGAUUUCUGUGCCUCGAGCAGGGUUUUCAUGAGGACGCAGUUUGCUAACAAACCUUUUGAGUCUAUAGUUGUUUGGACAGCUGUUCCACUGUUGACUGAUAGGAAAUUUGCUUUUCUGCCUUUGACUGCUCAAAUUGUUAACCGGCCUCAGUGUUGGCCUGCAGUGUGUUAUGGUCAGUUGAAACUGAUCUGAUUCAGCUGUUUGAUUUGGCUUCCAUAGAUUUGCCAGCCAGGAUUUUGUUGUAUCAGACAAAUAAAUCACUGUUGUCAUAUCAAAACCUUCUAA